GGCUCGAACUCCGUCUGUGCCUCGCUCCGCGCGCCCCUCGGCUCCCGGGACGAUGAGCAGCUACCCGCGCUCCAGGCCGAUGAGCUUCAGCAGCCGCUCCCAGGGCUCGCAGCCCAGCUGGGGCUCCCCGUACCGGGCCGGCUCGGGCUUCCAGCCGGGGCUCCGCAGCUCCCCCAGCCUGAGCCGCCUCGGCCCCAGCGCCCUGUCCGGCUCCUUCCUGCUCUCCUCGCUGCCCAGCCUGGAGAUCGACCCCGCGCUGCACCAGAUCCGCAGCGACGAGAAGGACCAGAUCAAGGGGCUCAACGACCAGUUCGUCUCCUUCAUCGACAAGGUGCGUCACCUCGAGCAGCAGAACAAAGUGCUGGAGAUGCAGCUGAAGCUGCUGAAGGACAAGGACCAGUACAAGUCCAACCUGGGGCAGAUCAUGGCGCGCUCCAGCCAGAACCUGAAGCAGCAGGUCGAGACGCUGAGCCAGGACAAAGGCAAGCUGGGGGUGGAGCUGGAGCACAUGCAGGCGUUGCUGGAGGAGCUGAAGGGCAGGUACGAGGACGAGAUCAACCGGCGGAACCAGCUGGAGAACGAAUUUGUCCUGACGAAGAAGGAUCUCGACGACCUGUAUCUGCAGAAGGUGGAUAUCGAAUCGAAGCUGGAGAGUAUCACGGACGAAAUCGACUACCUCAAGCAGCUGUAUGACGAGGAGAUCCGGGAGCUGCAGUCCCAGAUCCAGAACACGCAGGUGACGGUGGAGAUGGAUAACAGCCGGGAGCUGGAGAUGAAGCAGAUCAUAGACGAGGUGAAGGCUCAGUACCAGGCCAUGGCAGCCAAGAGCCGGGAGGAGGCCGAACAGUGGUACAAGCACAAGUUCGACGACAUGGCGACCCAGGCCCGGAAGCACAAUGACGAGAUGAAAAGCAUCAGGAGCGAGAUCAUGGAGCUGAACCGCUACGCCCAGAGGCUCAAUGCUGACAUCGAGGCCCUGAAGAACCAGCGAGCCAGCCUGGAGAGCGCCAUCGCGCUGGCGGAGGAGCAGGGCGAGCAGGCCGUGCGCCGCGCCAGGGACACGGUGCAGGAGCUGGAGGAGGCGCUGAAGGGGGCCAAGCAGGACAUGGCGCGGAAGGUGCGCGAGUACCAGGAGCUGAUGAACAUCAAGCUGGCCCUGGACAUGGAGAUCGCCACCUACCGCAAGCUGCUGGAGGGCGAGGAGAACCGGAUGAUCGGCCAAGGCCCAAACCUGCAUAGCAGCGCCAUGGACAAAUGGGCUGGACUCCUGCCUUCCCGAGCGGCCCUCCCCUCCCCGGGCAGGGCUGCCCUGCCACCCGGGCCCGAGCCAGCCUCCUCGCCCAAGAGGCCGAUCCUGAUCAAGACCGUCGAGACCAAGGACGGGAAGGUCCUUUCGGAGUCCAGCCACUUCUCGGAAAACUAGCCCAGGCACGAGGCACAGGAGCUGGAUUCAAACCUGUGUAACGUCAUGACUGGCAGGGCCUGCGGCCCAAUUCUGCCCUGGGUUACAAUGAAGUCACUGAGAGCAGAAUUGGGCCAGGAGAUUGUAAGCUCCACGGGGCAGGGACCUGUUCCGACGACGCAUGGGCAAAGCGUUCUGCACAUCCAUGGUGCUAGGGAACCCACAAAGCUGUCGGCAUUUGCGGGCAGGCUCUGGGGGUCUCUGACUAACACCCGACCUCGUUAGCAGGCAGUGAGCUGGCAAAACAAGAGUUAAAUGGGUGCUGGUUUGCUGAGUGGCUGGUUCAUUAACCCACUUAAUGUUAGGGUGGUGGGAAGAGCCAGGGGGCUGGGCGGGAAUUGGGACAGGCAGGAAUCUUAGCAAGACUCUGUCCUAAUGAAUCCCACUCAGGAAGGGGACUAGCUCGGAGCUAAUACUGCAGAUCCUAGGACGGGUUUAAGAUUUUUAUUGUCCUGGGGCCAGGAGGGCAAAUUCUGCAACUGCCAGGGCUGGGUAAGCAGCAGCCACUUACCCUUCGACUAAGAAAUAACUCUGGGAGAGGCUGGCUCCUCUGGCACCCAUUGGGGCCUCCCCCUUCCAGAUUAUUAAUGCUCAAGGGAUGGGCAGAACUUGCUUGCAGGGGGCCAGACGCGGCGGGGAGGGGCGUGCGAAGGGAAGCUGAGCAGAGGUGGCCCAGUGGCUAUGAUGCACAUCGCCCUCGGGCCAGGAGGGCAGCUGCUAGAGCAGUGGUUCUCAACGGGCCCGGGGGCCGCAAGCAGGUUUCAGAGGGGUUGCCAGGCAGGGCCGGCGUUAGACUCGCUGGGGCCCUGAGUCCUGCCACCCAGGGCUGAAGCUGAAGCCUGAGCAACUUAGCUGCAUGGGACACCCUGUGGUGUGGGGGCACCGGGCGCUUGCCCUGCUUGCUACCCCCUAACGCCGGCCCCGGCUUUCAGAGGCAGAAACCCAGUUGCUGUGGCAGCGGGGGGCCGUUGAGUUUUAAUAGCAUGUUGAGGGGGCUGUGAAAGACAAAUGGGAGAACCCCGGGGCUGGAGCAAUCUCGGGGGCUAGAAGGAUGCUUAAGACGGGAGGCCUCCUGCAUGGCUUUAUUGUUCAGUUCGUUGCUCUGUGUGACUGCUUCUCUCGUGUGUCAAUUCCCCGCGCGCCCCAGGGGUGUGGGGAGGGGAGGAGCUCCACCCCCCAGCUGUCACAUAAUGUCCCUGCCCCAUGGAGUUUACACUCUGUGUCAGGCACACCUGGCACUUUGCACAGCUGCAUAUGCCGCGUGGCUCUCAUCCAUCUUCCUGCCCCUGUAUGUGUGUGAUUGUGACCCCAGGUGCUCCUGGCGGGCUGAGCUCCCUGGAAAGAAGGGGGCUGUUAGAGGCAAUUGUAACCGUUUGUGUUCUGCCGCGUCUCUGUCGAUGUCCAGCUGCCCGCUGGGGCGUUACUCAGGAUUCCCUGUGCUGGGCUCCCCUCUUGAGCCAGCCCAAAUAAGGGGAGAAUGAAACAGCUGAAAAGAGACCAGAAUAAAAAUGCUCUUUGCCCCAUUUCUGCCUUUAGUCAUUGCUCAGAGAGGGCAGCGGGUGGAAAUUCCUGCCUUUUCCCUCUUCCUUCCCCAGCAGUUCACCUGCUUCCCGUCAGUCCAGGGCACCCCUGCUGAACAGCCGCCCUGCAGCCAGCCGGCAGCUGGGAGGUGUCAGUGUGCGUCUGAAACGCAGGAUCCUUGCUGGCUUGGGGCAUCCUCCUCGAGCAGCAGGCAGUUAUGAUUGUUGAGACCAGCAGAACAAACACACACACACUCGGUGUCAGGUACAAUAUUACCCCGGCAGGAUCUGCAACACCUGUGGGGACUGCAGAGGCGGAGGACAUGUAGGGCCCAUGGAGCUGAAGGAUAUAAUGGAAAUCGGUGUGGCCAACUCCUGU